GUUCGCUAGUAUUUCGCAUCGCAUGUCGGCAGGACCAGAUGGCAGAACCACCAACCAUGGUCCCUCGGCGCACGACGAGGCUCGGGAGCCCUGCUCGGGAGGCCCCCACUGAGCAUCAGUUGCCCAAGCAAAACGAACGACAUCUCCUUUGAUUUGUUGGAUACAUUAAUCUGCUCCGCUGUUGAGCGGCCACCUGCCCCUCAGCGGCCGUCCGCGCUGAUGCCUUGCAACUCAGUGCUUUGCUUACAAUACGGUUCUCAAGUUAUAAACGCUAGGAUAGUAGGCUUGCUGGCGCCAACCUGCUUGGACAUUAUGUAGGCCCGGCCUGGCCUGGGCUCUUCUGUUCCACAGAUUUCCAAAUGGUAAAACUAGCAUAAUCUCAGCUGGACCAUUCGCCUUUCAAUGGGCGCGUGUGAAGGAGCUGUGGAAGGGCUCCGCAGGCGCCACGCUCGAUCGCCCCAGGGUGCUGUAGUCAGCUUUCAGCAUGCUGCUGGGGCCAUAUUUUUUCUAUCGCUGGGGUUGGCACUGGGCGGUUCACUCUGGGCGCUGCCGCUGGCCAUGGUUACCGCACUGGUGCUCGCGUACACCUUCCUCUUCUCUGAAGGCGGCUUAGAAUCGGGUAUAAUCGACGAUUGCAAGGCGGUGCACCAUACUCCCGGCGCUGUUCAAGCCAUCCUGCAGCACGCAGCGGGCGCAAUGCGGCAUGCGCCUUCAGCGCACCACUCUGGCUUGGGAACGGGCACCUACCAAUCUCGCCGCCUGGAUCCCUCACUCCAAGUAGCCGCACUGGCACAGCAGUCGCAGCAGCUUCUGGCUCCCGCCGCUGGAGCAGGAUUUGGAACCAGUAUCGCCGUGAGCAAACCCUCCGUCCGGGUGACCGUCGACGCCAACAGCCUGUGGGCUGCCGCGCUGGACGCGGGCGUUGCCAACGCUGAUUUCAAUGCGUUUAAAGGUGUGCUGACUGCUAUGGGCGGCGGCAAGGGCGCCAGCCUGCAGGCCCUCAACAGCCUGUCAGCCACCCUGGCUGGCACCGCCGCAAGCACAGGCUCCAAGCGCCUGCCCCCCAAGCCCAUCAGCACAACCUCCGCAGGCGGCCUAGCCACAGACGUGGGCGCUAUGACCGGCGGUGUCUCUACAAAUGCCGCUGCUCUCGUGCCCGCGGGCGAGCUCGCCAAGACCGGCUCCUCCGGCGUCGGCGCCGGUCGCACUGCAAUGGUGCCGCCGGCUUUGGGCGUUGUCCCCCGGGGGACCCGGAACCCGCCGUCCUCGGUGACUUCGUCACUGCUAGCGAGCGGCGGCAGCAGCGGCAGCAGCCUCAAGGCGCCUGUGGGGCUCAGCCGCUGCACCAUUGUUGAGGACGCACCCUUCCCGCCGCCCAACACACAGGUGGUGAUGGAGCUGCACGAGAAGACGCUUCGUGUGGGCGGUCGCCGGCUGCGGUACCGUGGCUUCCGCCCUGCCGACCGCCCCACCGUGCCGGUCCCUGGCUCUACCGCCGGCGCCGACACAGCCAUGGCGAGCGGCCAUGGCGGCGGCGCACCAGACCAGCUGGCGACGCGGCAGCAGCCGCUGCCACCGAGCACGCCGCCCAACCUGGACAGCCCCGCCGGCGCCGCUGGAGUCGGAACCGCCGAGCACAUGCAGCCGUUCGCCUCCACCGCCGCCAUGGCGACCGCAGCGCUGGGCGCCAUGCCCCCCUACUGCAGCUUCGCCGCCAACAACAACCUGCAACAGCAGCAGCACCACCAUCAACUGCAGCAGCAACAGCAGCGGCAACAGCAGCUUGGCGCGGCCUACGGCAGCGGCGCCGUGAGCGGCAACAGCCUCGCGACCCUGGCGGCCGCCAGCGGCCGUGUCAGCGUCAGCGUCAAGGUGCCGUGGGCGCACCCGGCGGCGCUGCUGCAAGGCAGCGCGGGUGGCGCGGGCGCCGGCGACAUGCUCGCGCCUCGCGGCGGCCCUGGCUGCAGUGGCGGCGGGCUGCUGGAAUCGCUGAAUGCGGCGCUGGCGAGCGGCUCAGGCUACAUGGUGGUGGGCGCCGCGGUGCGCCCCGGCUGCGCCAUGCUGCAGCUGGACCUGCUGCUGCUCGGUGGCCGCGGCGGCGGCGCAGGCGGUGGGCGGGGCCGCGGGCGGCGCGCCCUCAGCGCCAUGGUACCGGGCGUCCACGCCGCUGCAGACGAUGACAGCGAGGAGGAAGAGGUGGAGCCGCUGCCGCUCGCACUGCUGUACGGGGGCGGCGCUGACGGUGCCGAGAUCGACGGCGGCGCAGUGGCGGAGGCGGUGGCGGGCGCGGGCGCGCUGGGCAUUCGCAGUGCCGCCGACUUGGCGGUGGAGGUUGCGCGCCACGUCGGUGCGGCGGCGCCCCCGGCGUCCCACCCGACGCCGCAAUCGGCUGGUGCAGGCGAGACGGCGCAGCUGCUAGUGGCGCUCGACGGCGGCGCCUAUUACGUGCUGUCGCUCGCCAAUCAGGUGGACGGACACGCCGGCGGCUACGGCGAGUGGCAGGCGAUGCCGCUGGAGUCGUCGGCCGCGGCGGCUGCGGAGGCGGAGGCGCCGCUUGGCUACAGCGGCGGCAGGCAGCGUGUGCCGCUGGCGCUGGCGGCCUCGCGGGACCGCGCCGCUGUGGCGGAGCUGCUGAACCGGGUGUCAGCGGCGGCCGCCUCUGCGGCGCUGCGCGCCGGCCGCCUGAUGCCUCCUGUCGCCGUGACGCCAAAGCUGCAGCUUCGCGUGCUGCCUGCCGCUGCUGUGGCCGUGGCUCCUGGAGCGCCGCUGCUGUUGACGCUGGUGGUGGAGGUCGCAGCGCCGGCGGGUGUGGGCCUGGGCGCCCGCGGUGCCGCCAGCGGUGUCGCCGAGCGCGACGCGGCCUGCGCCCUGCUUUCCGAGCUGCUGGCAUUGGCGCUUGUGUCGCAGCCGCAGCACGAGCACCUUGACGACGCUGAGCCCCUGCGCAAGCCGCACGUUCCGCUGCGCCAGCGGCGCGUGACGGAUUUGGACUCGGGCAGCGCGUGCAAGGUGCCGCCGGUGCCGCCUCAGCGUUCCGUCUCGGACUCGGCGCUGGGCAGCACUCUGGACGACAGCGAAGAGUGGGACGAGCGGCACGGGCGGGCCCACCACCAGCAUCACAAGAUGCCAGAGGAGGAGGUGCAGCCGGCGCGCCACGCGGCAGGUGGCGACUCGCAUGGCGUGCUGCCGCGCGGGUUUUACAUGGUGGCCAACCUCUUAGGCCGCAGCCUUCCGGUGCGCGCGCAGCACGUCACGCCGGUCGCGCCCGCUGCGCCGGACACGCUGGCAGCGGCUGCGGUGAUGCUGACGGUUGACGGCGCCGCCUCCGCGCUGGAGGGCUGCGGCUGUUCGCUGUCGCGGCUGUCGCUGGAGCUGUGGCACGGCAACUGCCAGGCGGCCGGCUCGGCGCAAGUGGUAGUGGUGGGUGGCGGCGCGGCAGGCGGCGGCGCGGCGGCGGAGGCGGUGGCGGCGGAGCUGUGCGCCCUGGCGGCGACGGAGGAGCCGGACGCGAUGCGUCAGGUGGUGCUGGACCUGGGCUCUGUGGACUCGUUCGCCGCGUCGGCUGCGGUUGCUGCCGCCGCGUCGGCGGCGGAGCUGGCUGCGGCGGAGGCGCACGCCGGCCUCUGCCCUCGUCAGAGGGCCGCGGUGCUGCUGCCGGGCAGCGUGGACCUGUGGCCCGAGCUGCGCGCCUCCAUGGCGGCCUCGCUGGCGGACCCCGAGCAGCGCGGCGAGCUGGGCCUCAUGGCGGCCAACCUGCUGUCCUACACCGUGCUGCGCGGCCUGCCCGCCACCGCAGCCGUCGUGCGGCGCGCGCUGCGCGCGCUGGGCUACGGCCUGGAGGACGCCGACGCCAUGUCGGCCGCUGCCGCCGGCGGCACUGAGCUGUAUGACGACGACGACGAGGUCGACGCCGUGACGGCCGGCGCGGUUGACGGCGGCUGCGAGGAGGAGAAUCAGGUUGGGCUGCCACUGGUUCACCUGGCGGCGCUGUCGGGCAGCAUGGGCGUGGUGCGGCUGGUGCUGAGCUGGGCGGCAGAGGAGGGGCUGGGCAGCGAGUGGGUGCUGCGCCGUCACCGUGGCCUCUCGCCGCGCCAGGCGGCGGCAGAGGCGGUGGCGGCGUCGGCCGCUGCACAUGCUGGCGGCGUGGACGGUGGUGGCGGUGACUUUAUGGCUUACCUGGCGGCGCUGGACGCGGUGCUGCCCAAGGAGGAGACCCAAGCGGUGGCCGCAGCCCAGCAGCGGCAGCAGCGCCACAGCUCAAGACUGGAGGCGACCGCGGCGGCGCCUGUGAGCUGGCUGGAGUCGGACUCAAGCUGGCAUGAGGAGGAGCAGGCUCAGAUGGAGCUGGCCGAGUCAUCAGGUGCCCCCGAUGCACUGGCGGCAGUGGGCGCCGUCGUGGAGGACGACGUGGGCCGCGGCCCGCGCCUGAGCAGCGACUUCAGCAGCUGCGGCGGAGCCGGUGCCAGGGACCAGAAGUGCUCGCGCCCGGCGCGGUCGGCCAGCGCCUCGCCUUCCAGCACCACAUCGGGCGCCGCACAGGAGAACGCUGAGGUGACGGCGCCGGUCGGCGCCGCCGCUGGCAGCGCUUCGCUCUCCAACCACAGCGCAGGCGCCGGCAACUCGUACCCCUGCUCGCCCGUCACGCCGCCUGCGUCGUCGAGGAAGAGCAUCUCCAGCCUGCCGGCUGCGUCAUUGACUGCUGUCUCCGCCGCUGUUGCCAGCGCCUCCGGAUCCACCGCGGCCGCGACCUGCAUACAGGGCCACAGCGCUGCCGGCAUGCCCGCGCCAGCGCCGCUACCGGUGACCCAAAAGCACCCCUCUGCAGACGCCGCCCGGGACUCCAGCGCCCUGGCCACCACCACCACCACCUCCUCCUCCUCCACCGCCUUUCCCAGCAGCAACCACGGCCGCGCUGCCCCGGGCCGCUGGCGCCGUCACCUGCUCACGUGCUGCCUGCUGGGCUACCCCGACGCCGACACCGAGGCAAGCUACCAGCGCUUCAUUACGCCGUACGAGGCGCACUUGACGUCCUCUUGGGUGCCGGUGAUGGGCUUCCUGUUCUUUGUGGCGCUGUGCCGGCAGCUGCGCCCCGGCGACGGCGGCGACCCGGCGGAGGGCCCCGCCUCGUUACUGUUCGCCGGGCCGUACGUGGUGAUGGCGGCGUGCCUCGCGCUUCGCCCGUCCCUGGUGCUGGGCUCCCGCGAAGGCGGCAGCGGCGGCUCCGGCUGGCGACUGCGGUGCUGGUGGCUGGCAUGUUGGCUGAGCCGGCUCGCUCUGAAACCGCUGCUGCGGCUGGGCGUGCUGGCCGUGCCGCCGUCCAUGGUUCAGUACAGCCGCAGUGGCGUGACACUGGUCACCGACACGCUGUUGCCGGGCUUGUGCGAGCGGAUGCCGCUGAGCCUGGCACUGCCGCUGCGGCUGCUGGACGCACUCACGCACCUCGUGUUCGUGAUGCAGACCGGCAUUAGCACCUCGCUCGCCAGUGGGCUGCUGCUUGCGCUGGUGCGCCUUGUCUUCUUCUUCGCCGCCGCCGGCUCGGUGGAGCUGUGUAACCGACGGCGCUUCCAGCAGCAGGCGGCCGCUGCGUCGGCGGCGGCGGCGGCCGCGGUCCAGGCCGGUGGCGUUGUGCAGGAUGCCGGAACAUCCAAGGUGCCGGGCAACAAGGCGGGCUCCAAUGUGCGUGCGCGCUCGCCUACCAGCGCUGGUUACUGAUAUGCUGUGUGCUGACGGCAGGGGCGGCCGGUGAGCAGCCGCUGUGUGCACAUGCGGGUUGUUCGCCCGCAGCCGUAGUGUGCAGCACAUAUGGAGACGUCCGCAGCACCCGGCAUGCACUUUUGUGUUACAGGGCAGAUCCUGGUGCGCCAGACUGCAGGGCGAAUUAAUGUCAGACAAUUGAUACAGUGUUCGCGUGAGCAUGCGCUGUGCCUGUUUGCGUACCCGCAAUCGGUGUGUCACGCGUGCUGGAUUACAGCUCAUACCUUAUCAUGCACAAUGCAUUGAAGCAGUACAGGUGGUCCGCGCGAUGCAUUUACUGCUGCAAUCAACCAAGUGGCGUUUGCUGUUUACGCAUUACUCUAUGAGACUGGCUUUCAGGGCUUACUUGAUUCGAGGCUUGCGCUAAUUCACGUUGGAUAGCCAUAUUUUUGAACGCCUGCUAUAGACUGGAUUGUUGCGUCCUGUUCGUCGCCUGGCAGCUGGAACAGUUGCUGUGCGUUCCCAGACAUUGCAAGGCUCAAACAGACAAAUGCAUAUAUGUCAUGGUCCAGGGUGCGGGAAAUGGAGGCUGCUUACAACGGUAUGGUGCCAAGGGCGCAUUGCUGCGCUGAACAGAAUGAGAAUUGUGUCCAGGUUGUUCGAUAGAGAAAACGUGUGGCACAUUCUGCAGGUAAAGCUUUGUACGCAGCUGCACUGCAAGCGGGCCGGUACAGGGUUGUUCGCGGCGGCGGUCGAUGGGGCCGCAGCUUUGGCGUCCUUCAUGCUAUGCCGUGAUAGUGUGAUGCUAUCAGGGCCAUGUCAGCCUUUUGCAGGCGAGACGCGGCCAGACAAUAAUAUAUUUUGAGGGAGCAAGUGUGCGGCGGGUGGGGGUCUAAACUUCCGCCAAGCACAGCUCAUUGGGUCCCUGGGCCCAGACCGAAACUCGCCCCUUACACCUGCGAUCUUAAGAGGUCCUACCUUGAUAUAAGAACUUGAAUCUCUACAGCUUUGGCAACCUUCAUGAUGGAAGCGGGGAUCGCAAGCAACAGGAAGUACAGUAGAUGUCAUUAAAUUGGGCAGGGUUGCAUUCCGUCGGGCGGAGGCGAAGGGUCAAUAGUGGUGCUGCGGGUGUAGGUGUUGGGUAAGGGAAUAGGUUUUGCCGCUUUUUAUAUUCUGGAUCCACACGCCGGCCGUAGCGUCCGUGUACUGGGUCGCACGUGCCGGGUUUCGUCAUGGGCAACUGACCGCACACAACGGUGACCUCUUCCCGUAGGUGCAAGCCCAUCGGAAGGCAUCUUUAUACGGCGUUGCGCGUGCAGGAGUUACCUGGUGAAUGUGGUCACUUGAGGGGAGGCGGCGUGUAGGCGGCGCAACGGGACCUGGCCGCCCGGCGCCUGUCUACAGACGCCGGGCGGCCGUGGCCAUGUUGGGCUAGGCAAUCGGUGAUUUAGGUGGUGGCCAAAGCGAGUUGGGCCUGAGAACGAGGAUGAGCCAAUUGGGUUUCAGGAAGACCAGGCGGCACAGGGAGGGGCCUCGGGGCGUACGGAAUGGAUAAAGAGGGGGCAGCAAGAAUGCUGUGGCUGCUGCCAGUGGGGGGGGCUUCGCGGAACGGAUUGAGGCGAGCCUGCGCUGUUGGGCACGUGCCCCUGCUCCUUGCGUUGUGUGGGUCCAGGGCAGAACAGCGAUCUUGCCCCGAGUGUGCUUCAGCGCUCGGGUACCAGACUAAUGUAAGUCAAGAGAUUA